AUGAACACGGAACCUGAUAGCACAAGCGAAGAGGAUAUAAAGCUCUUGCGUUCCAUGCCGGAGACUGGCCUAAUAAUCGCCUUCUGUGAAAAGUUCAAGAAUUUUAUGAAAGGCAUUGAUUUUUGGCCAGAGGAAUUGGAACAGGCGCUGAUAGAUCGAGGCGAAAAUGAUCUGAUCGAGCAAUUACAUUGCACCUUCUUGACCAAUUGCUUAAAUCGAACGAAGCAAGUCGUUCGACAGACCUGGAAAAAAUUGUUAUCCGACACCAUUGAUCAGAAGCUGAAAAAGAGUUAUCAAUUCUACCAAGAUUUUAAUCCUCUUCGUCGUGUCAAAAGUUAUUACGAACUGGGAACCAGAGACAAGGUUUUGAUUUUGAAUAAUCUCGUAAACUGGCAACUGCAAGAUUGUAAGGAGAUCCGCAAAGCAAUAGAGGAGGAAUACAGGAAUGCCAAAAAGAAUCAAGAAAAUGCGUUAGAGGUAGAACCAUAUGGCGAAGAUCGAAGGGGUCGAAAAUAUUAUUAUUUUGGAAAAGGCGCAAGAUUAUAUCGAGAGAAAGUUUUACAUGGCAAAGGUAAUAGACCCGACAAAUACACGUUCGAAGUGAUAACGUCGACCAUCGAGGAUAUAGAAAAUUAUGUUAAUGAUCCCAAGGAAUUGAAGUCGUCGGUGAGAAAAGAUAAGAAACUUUACAACAAACUGGUAGGCGAGCUCAUACCUUCGAUCAAGGAAGCUAUUGAGGCAAGUGCGAAGGAGAGAAGAGAUGCUAGGAAAUUGCGCCAAGAAAAAUUAGCUCAAAAAGUUGCACUACUACAUGCAAACUCUGAAAUAGUUGCAAGCCGCACUCGCAGUGGUACGAGGAGAGCGCUUGGCCUAGAACCUUACCAGCGAUCUGCGUCAACAAUUUCUUCCGCCUCGUCUAACAAACAAGAUGACGAAUACAGUUAUUCUUCGAGCACUCACAUGACGAGGGCAAAAUCGGUUCGCAAUUAUGUUAAACGAAGGUAUCUUGAAUCGUCGACCGAUGACGACGAUGAGAAUUCCCAAUACUCGGGAAGUCGUCGAUCAACCAGAUUCCGUACUGGCAAAAGGUCGAGACAAUCAACGGUCGAGGAUAUUCAGCAGGAAACUGACGACCUCGCCUCCCUUUUAAAUGGGGUCUCGGAGUUGAGAACUGAAAAUGGAAAAAAGCGUAACGGAGUGUCGAUGAGUCGAUCGGGAUCGGUUAGGUCAAAUAUAACUCAUUCUACCGACGCCACUGAAUUGUCCCGUGAAAAUUUUGACCCCGAAUCCGAGACCUCCAUUUCAGAAAAAAUAGCGAGUGGCGGUGAUUACAAAGAAGUUUUUGGUACCGAUUCGGGGAACGAACUAUCGGAGCCAUCGUCUUCUUCAGAUGAAAAUAUGCACGACUCGGAUAGUGACUUCAAAUUAAACGAGGAAGGCUCAGAUGAAGAGGAGGACGACGUGAUACCCGAGAGCGAUUAA